AUGUUGGACUUGAUCGACAUUUAUGGAGAUAAAGAUAAAAAUGUUGGCUCAAGUGGAGAGGCACUCUACCAUAUGUUGAUGAACACCCUUAAUUCCCGUGAAAUUCCCCUUUACAAUUUUAUAGGAUUUGCUGCAGAUGGGGCAUCCAACAUCAUGGGAGAGCAUAACUCUUUGUCCAGCAGAUUGAGAGCCAAUUUGCCUGGACUUUCGGUCUUUAGGUGUAUAUGCCAUUCUAUACAUCUAUGUGCCUCUGAAGCUGCAAAGACCCUCCCAAGGCAGUGUGAGGAUUUGAUUAGGCACAUAUACACGUACUUUGCACACAGUGCAAAACGCAAGUAUGAAUUUAAACAGUUCCAGACAUUAUUUGAAUUAAAACCACAUAAAAUUCUCCACGCUUCACAGACCCGCUGGCUCUCAUUACAUCAGGCGGUUGAGAGGGUGUUGGAGCAAUGGGAGGCAUUGCAGGAGUACUUUAAAAGCAUUGUAGAGGAAGAAAAGCUCACAUCACUAACUCUCAUUAUUAGAGAUAUGAAUGACCCUGUAUAUUUAGGUGCAGCUGUUCACAGAUUUUUACAAAUGGAGAAAUAUUAUAAAAAUGUUACUAUGGUAGAGUAUGUUAAAAAAAGACAAAAGAUCCAGGGAGAUUAUGCCAUCACUACAACCACUUGUUGA